GGACAGACUAUAAUAGAUAAUAUCACAUGAAAGGACUGUUAAAUAGGACGAAAUUGAACGUGCUGCUUUUGGCAGAGGCAGUCAACUCAUCACGUGCUCUAGCGUUGAGCGACUGCCUCAGUUCACGGAAACACGGCGCAUGCGUGUUCAGUGGACCCGCUUCGGUUGCCAUAGCAAUGCUCUGUUGACAGUGACGUCCCCGUAACACAAACGCACCAUGAGACUUAAGCGGUUUCUUCUUAGAUAUUACCCUCCAGGUAUAAUCCUGGAAUAUGAACAAAGAGGGAACGUGAGAACCAAAUCAAUCGACUUUUUAGAUCUGACUUUAGAAACAAAUCCAGAUGAGUUGGUGGCAGAAAUAAAAAAAUCAGAGCCUCUGAUCACAGAGUCCCGUGCUGACCAGGUCAAAGAGCUGGUUCUUCAACUUCAGCAGAAACAGGCCCAGCAGGACCACCACAGGUUCUGUUUCUGCAAGGAGCUGAAGGCACACAUACUGCCACUGACUAAUGUUGCCUUUGACAAAUCUGGGUUAAGGUUCAUAACUGGGAGUUAUGACAGGACAUGUAGAGUGUGGGACACGGCCUCUGGCACGGAGCUGCAUACACUACAGGGGCACAGAAAUGUGGUGUAUGCAAUUGCAUUCAACAACCCCUAUGGGGACAAGAUUGCCACAGGCUCCUUUGAUAAGACCUGCAAAUUGUGGUGUGCAGAGACCGGCAAAUGUUUCCAUACCUUUCGGGGACACAUGGCAGAAAUAGUGUGCUUGGCGUUCAACCCCCAGAGUACACUGGUGGCCACAGGCAGCAUGGACUCCAGUGCAAAGCUGUGGGACGUAGAGACUGGCAAAGAGGUGUCCACACUGACUGGUCACACAGCAGAGGUCUUGUCUUUGUGUUUUAACACACUUGGUAAUCAACUUGUUACUGGCUCCUGUGACCACACAGUUGCAAUAUGGGAUGUUGCUUCCAAAAGACGCCUUCACACUCUGAUAGGUCACAUGGGAGAGAUAAGCAAUGUGCAGUUUAACUGGGAUUGUACACUCAUAGUCUCAGGUUCCAUGGACAAAACAUGUAAGUUGUGGGCGGCAGGCAGUGGGAAGUGUGUGGCCACCCUCACUGGACACACAGAGGAGGUGUUGGACGUGUGUUUUGAUUUAAGAGGUCAGCUCAUAGCUACCGCUUCUGCUGACGGUACAGCGCGGGUGUUCAGUGCAACGACACACAAGUGUUUAGUGACGCUACGGGGCCAUGAUGGAGAGAUCUCAAAGAUCUGCUUCAGCCCCCAGGGCAGCAGGGUCUUAACUGCCGGCUCAGACAAGACAGCUCGUCUGUGGGACAUUCAGUCCGGAGCCUGCUUGCAAGUACUGGAAGGCCACACCGAUGAGAUCUUCUCCUGUGUCUUCAACUACGAGGGUGACGCCAUCAUCACAGGUAGCAAGGACAACACAUGCCGUGUCUGGCACUGACCCUUGCCCUCGACCCAUCGGAGGCUCAGGCUCAUGUCUACAUGGACACAGAGACAAAUUUGUGUCAUCUCUCUGUUUAAUUGUGACUUGUCAACCCCAAAAAAAGGUCACACUGAUGAAAAAGUUCCUUUUGCCAGGCUGAUUUCUGGUGGUAGGCAGCACAUAUUAUAGAGUAUAUACCAUGCCAUAUCUUGUCUUUUUGAUACACACAAUAAGUUGUGAUUUUUACAAAAAGCUGUGUAGCAUAUUAGGAUUUAAAUCUUCAAUUCAAAAUGUUGACAUUGUGCAGUUUCAGCUGCAACUUCAUUGAUGACGAAACUUCAUAGUUUGUUGGAAAUUUUUUAUGUAACUCCCUUUUAAAAGGUUUGUGUUGUGUUCAUACAGAACAAAAAAACAGUUAUUUAACUUUAUUACCCAAACCAGUGCACUUCCCCACAUAUUUCAAAACAUUAGAAAAAAGCCCAUCAUAGGCUUGGAUGUGAUUGAAUAGUGGGAAGGCUGAAUAUAAAAAAUUGUAGCUGAGAUUUUUUUUCCUUCUAAAUAUGUGCUUAUUUGGAAUGAGGAAAAGUCAAUUUUGUGUAGCAUCUCACAACUAAUUGGGGUAACUGGCAACGGGGUAAGAACAAAACUAAGAUUUACAAGACAGCUUUCUGAUAUAAAAGCUCUUCUGUAAGAACAGUUCACAACAUGAAAUUGCAAAUGUUUUAGAAUUCCAUUGCGUGUGGUUCAAAGACUCAGGAAAAAAAAUCUGCUUGCUGGGAACAAGGUUGAAAAUCAACACAGAAUUCUUAUGAUCUUCAGAUACUAAGGUGGCAUUGGAUUAACAACUGUUCUUUGGUGGAGAACACUGUGUAAACUCAGAAGCACUUAAAGGGAAAGUUUGUUUUUUUUACAACCUGGACCUUAUUUCUGGCAUUUUUUAUGGUCGUAUACUCACCCAGGCAAGUUUGGUGUCAUUUGGAGUCC